GCGAUGUCCUCUUGCCUAACAACGGAUGACACUGUAGUAGUUCGGGUGAUGUGUCCCGAGCACACAGAGUACAUUCUCUUGUGCUUGCAUUCUUUUUUUUCCCUAAAAAAAACCGCGAAAAACGUCUCUUUUUUCGUCUAUAUAUCGAUCCUUUGUUCUUUCGCCGUAAACGGGAACAGUGAUUCGUGAUUGUUCAAGUUUUCAAUUCGCAACAUAACGUUCAAGGAAAGUCGUGCCCGUGCGGUAUUGCCAGAUUUACCAGUUAACGGAAAUAAGACAACUGGAAAUUGGUGAAAAAUGUGAAAUAAUUGUAAGAGACAAUUGUGAAAUGGUGAACAAAAAGGGAAAUUGAUUUUAAAACAAGUGAAUUGGAUUAGUAUUGGGAAAAAUUGACUUGCAUCGGUUGUUGAGUGUAGUGGAGGUUUGGCAACGUCGCAAUCCGACUGGCUCGCUCGCACACGAAGCAUACACAGGGGGGGCUUGUGGGGUGGCAAGCCAGCAAACAGACCGGCAGACAGGCAGGCAGCUUUCUUGUUCCAAGUGCUGCCUACAGCUCCUGUGACCAUGCUCCCCCUCCACUAUUCUUUAAUCCUCUUUCCCUGACUGCGCCUCUCACUGCAAUUUCAGUUCCCGACUCUUUUGUCUUUCUUUCACUUUUCUCUCUCUCUCUCUUUCUCUUUCUCUCUGGAAGAUAUCUCUCCCUUCCUUCGACCCCGUCGCGCGCUAGUUCCCUCUUCUCCCAUUCUCCCCCUCCCCCCACCGUUCACGUACAAACUGUGGACGAGUCCAACGGCAUAACGAGCGAGGGGAGUUCGGAGGUUCUCGGCUCUAGUCGGUUUCGAACCGGAGAAUGUACUAGACGCCAGUUUGUCGAUAACGCGUCUCACGGAUAUUUUGCCAAUUAACUUUAUUAUUGUGAAACCGUUUAAUGAACACUUGAUGGAUUACGACGAGUGAUUUUUGUGAUUAUCGCUCUUAUAUUUGUGGGUGAGGAGUGAUUAUUUUUUUCGAACCGCGAAUGAAAAAAAGCCUUUGAAACCUUGAUUCGGCGCCUAUCUGUGCGACCGCCAUGUUUGGUGUUUACGAGGCGAGGGAGAAUCGUUGACGUCAUUGGCCGAUCUCGCCCGAAGGAAACUACAGUAGCACAAGUUGACAAAAAAAAAAAACGUGUUGUAUAUUUCAAUAUUGAUUUUUCAAUUUAAAAUCGAAUUUACUACACUCGACAGAAGUCAAGUUUGAGACAUUGGUUUUUUUUGUUUGUUAAAAUAGUGCGGGAAUCUCGUGGCGAACAAAGUAAAAAUUCACCACAGAUGGAACGUAUAAUCGGCCAUCACUCGUGGCUUGCCGGUUGCACUACUACUACUACUUUCGACAAUAACAUCGGGCCUGAAAAUAGCCUCGUUUUCGCAUAACCAGGAGAAUCCGAAAUGAAAACAUUGAUCAUGUCGACGAACUGUCGUCUUUACAUCGAAAUUGUGGCACGUGUUUCGACAAAUUGAUUUCGAAGUGGGGAAAAAAUAGUGUUUUUUCGUGUUUAGGGGGGAAAACAACACACGUGGUCAAGUCAAUUUUUUUGACAAGGAAAAAAAAUUGAAUUCGAUUUUUUAAAAUCGAUUCUACAAGAGGGACACAUUCCAGAGAGAAAAGUGUGUUUGUGCAAAAUCAAAAGUCAUGGAUCUCGGUGACAGGGUUUAUGCCGCAGAACGGAUCACGAAGAAGAGAGAAAAACGGGGGAAAGUCGAGUACUUCGUCAAGUGGAAAGGAUGGAGUAAGAAAUACAAUACAUGGGAGCCAGAAGAGAAUAUUUUAGAUGUCCGACUUAUUGAACUCUAUGAGGAGAGUCAAAAAGGAACCGACAUCGUCACAAGACGACCCAGGAGGAGGGAUACGCGUUAUAAUGAACAAGUAUUAGCGAAUCUUGUGGUGGAAGAGGAGCCGGGUGGAGAUGAGCGAGUUGGAGAAGACAGUCAGGAUGAGUCGACCGGAAGUACCUCGGCGAUUCCGCGUUUAAAUCCUGUGGCUCCCGACGAGGACACGCUUCACAGUUCACUAGAUGAGAACGAGUCGUCAAUACCACCUGAACUCUCGGCAUCCGCCUUCAGCGUUGACUCGGAGAGUUCAAAUAGCAGCGCUGACAUUCCUCUCCUACCGAGGAAGGAACCCGCUGGUACGAAGCGGAAGGCCGAGGUUCUAAGCAAAGAAUCCGGCAAAAUUGGCGUCACCAUCACCACGAGCAGUCCCAGUAGCGGAAGUACCAGUCCACCGCCUGGUAAACUUCCCAGACUACUGCCCAUUAAAGGAAACGCCACCUCGCCAACUUACAAUAAUCACAAGGUGAACGGAAGGCGGCCGUCGUCGUCGAGUGUGAAAUCGACACCGGAGGAACCAUUACCGGCAAUGCCAACGACACCGGCACCAGCAGCCGAGGACAAGAAACGGCCCGAAGCUGAUGUGCCUCAUGGUCCUUCGCCAUCGUUGCCGCGCACACCACAGACGCCAUUGUCCACACAAAUCGAAACCACCGUCGAAACAGCGCCAUCGUCGUCAUCGACAACAACAACAACGACGACAACGACAACGUCAAAAACACGUCACGAUCAUCGUUCACAGGAGAAAUUAAACGGUCCACUAACGACUGAUACAAACGGACAUAAAUCACCGAGUCCCACGGACUCGUACACCAACAACAACAGGUUACCCACAAUGGUCAACGGUCAUCACAACAACAACAAUAACAAUACAAAUAACAACAAUAACGCCAGUCAAAAUCAAGUCAAAGCAAAUGAAUUCGUCACGUCUGAUUUGUACAUCCCGUUAACUAGUCCCGGCACCGAUUAUUGGCACUCGAGAAAUCCUGUUGCCGAUCAGGUUUUCAUCACUGACGUUACUGUUAAUCUAAAGACCGUUACCAUUAGGGAGUGCAAGACUGAAAAGGGAUUCUUCCGAGAAAGAGAUCCUAAGAGCGACGUGUUUUAAAACAAAAAUAUCCGUUUUAUCGAAUUGUUUAGUUUGUGUCGUAUUCUCUCUCUCUCUCUCUUUGUUUAUUUUUUCCAUUGUAAAUACUAUUUAUUCCUUUUCGCACCGUUUUUAAGUCAAGUAAUUCAUUUAUGAUUGCACAAAGAAUCACUUCUAAUUUUAAACAGAAUUCAUUGAGAUCAUCGAUGUCAUUAUUCCAAAAUACUCGAUCUAAUUGUUUUUUUAUCCCUUGAAUUAAAUUUUUAAAUUUUGCAUUCAUAGUAAAAUUAUCCUCACUUCGAAUAUUCGUUUUAUUAACUUUUCGAAAUUCAAUAACAGUGGAGAAUUUUUCUUCAAAACUGAUACAAAUCUUACAAGAGAAUAAAUAAUCGAUUUAGAUUAUUUUGAAUAAAUAAAAAAUUAAAUACAUUAUUUUCAACGAUUGUUAAUAAAAAGAAACAAAAUUGAUCAACAAAAUUAAUAUCCCAGUGAAAAGAAUUGAUUAUUAUUAUUAAUAAAAAUUGAUCAUUUGGAAAAUUUUUAGUAAAUUAAAAAUAAUAGUAGAAAUUGUAAAUUAAUCAAAAAAGGAAACCAGUAAGAAAAUUGAUAAACGUUAAAAAUCGCAAAAUUCAAAUGUAGAAAUAGAAGGAAAAAAAUGUCAAAGGUUCUUGUUUUGAAUUUCGAAAAGUGAAAUAACUUUUUUUGUUCAAGGGAUAAGAGAAGAGUUAAUUUUCAAUUUUCUUUUAUCACCGAAAUUAGAAGCAUUUUCAAGAUAAAGUUUCUUCCCUGACAACGUGAGAUUAAUCUUAACUUCCAAGUUUUGAAAUUUAAAAAGCCUUCUCCGUCUUUUCUUUCGACAGCUUCCAUUGGAAUGCUUUUUGAGAGGCCCUCGCACUGUUGAUUAUAUCUCAAAAGAAUAUUUUACUAAUCUUUAAAUAGUAAAAUACAAAAAGUAGUUGUAUUGAUUUAAAGAGACAAAAUUCUUUUUAUCAUGAUACAUUAAAGUUUAUAAAAAAAAUGACGCAAAUUUUUAAAAAAAAUAUUAAAGAUUAAAUUUUGACAGUUCGUUUUUAUUGUAAAUAACGUUUCAUUCUGAAUUAUACUUAUUUAUUGUUCGAUUUUAAAUUGUAGAGAAAUAUUUUUUAAUUACUUAUAUAAUAAAUAUAUAAAAUUUCAAUUGAAUUCCGUUUUAGGAAAAUGAAAAAGAAUUAUUUUUUACAAAGUAUACUUUAAAUUUUAAAAGUAGAAAAUUUUUAAUCAUUAUGUUUUUCUGUAACAAAAAAUUUCUUUUGUUGACCAAAAAAGUAUCAUUAUUCCAAAAUAGUGAUAAUAUAUCAAAAUGUAAUCUUCCACUUGGAUAUUUUUCGUUUCUUAAGAAACCUCGUGGUUCGAUAUCUUUUCUUUGUUUAAAAAAAAAAACUGGGAACACUUCUCAAGUUAUCCCGUGUUUGUAAAUAAGGAAUUUGUUUUAAAAUCUGACAAAUUGCAAAAUUUACAUUUUGAUUGUAAAAAAAAGCUGAGUCGAAAUAAUGUAAAUUCGCAACUAGAAUCUUGUAAAAAAAUGAAGGAUUGUAAAUAGUCAAAAAUGUAACAAAAAAAAAUGGACGUAAAAUUCAGUAAAAGUAAAAAAAUAAGUAGAGCGCUGAGGCAACAACACUGUAAAUAAAUAGAAUACAGUAUAUUUAGUCCGAAAAAGAAAAACAGAAAUAAAGAAACGCGAAAUACUGAUAAAGAAUGAUAAUUUGAAAAAUUCUUUCUUAGGUCUUAGACUUACGAGAUAGACUGUGCGUAAAUUGGUCAUUGUUUUUCUGUACUUACCGACAAUUGAUCCGUGUAAAUGAUAAUUUCGCCAUUUCGAAAUGGAGAAUUAUAAUUGCAAUGACUACGCAGGCAUAUUAUCCGAUAACGUGAACCCCGGUAGUACCAAAUCCAACAGUAAUUUUAGUUCUGUCUGGUACAGAUUCCUUAUAUUUCAAUAAAAUCUUAAUUUUA